GGUGUUUUAACACGCCUCUGCGAGGACUGGGCUUUGAGGAAGUAAAACUGAAGGAACAAUACUUUUAUGCAGACUCUGACUCCAUCUUAUCUCUAAUCUCCUCCAAGCCCUCUCUGGGUAGUUGAAUUGCACGUAGCAGCCCAUCCUAAGGAACUGGUGGACAUUGGUUGGAUAAAAAUGGGAUUUUGGGGCGGGGGGUGGUGUUUGGUUUGGUUUUGUUUUUGUUUUUUAAGGUGCUGGGAAACACAGGUUUUUCAAAACAGCCGCUUGACCGGGCGAUGUGUGAAACCUCCUUCGGGGAGGGUUUCUCGGGCAGGGUGGAGCUGAGACGCGGCGCCUGUCUGGAUGUGUCCCUGCGCGUCGGUGUCCGCACGGCCGGCGGGUGGGCGCCAGCAGACUUCCCCCCGCCGAGGGCAGGGGUCAAGCACGGCUCCGGCUCUGAGCCCUCUGCUCCCAGCGCGCGCCGCGUCGCUCCGACUCGCCGGCCCCAGCUGAGCGGGAUGAAGCUGCUGGCUUCCAUCGCCUUGCUGGCCACGCUGGCGGGGGCCCUGGGACCCCCCGACCCCGCGCUGGACUGGCACUGGCAGCUCUGGAAGAAAACCUACGGCAAGGAGUACCGCCACGAGCAGGAGGAAGGGGCCCGGCGCGCGACGUGGGAGAGGAACCUGCGACUGGUGACGCUGCACAACCUGGAGCACUCGCUGGGGCUGCACUCCUACGAGCUGGGCAUGAACCACCUGGGAGACAUGAGCAGCGAAGAAGUGGCGGCUUUGCUGACUGGGCUGAACGUUGUCCCUCGGCCAAAGCGGAGCUCCGCGUCCCGACCGCCGCCUGGCAGCGACGUCCCGGACACGAUGGACUGGAGGGAGAGGGGCUGCGUCACCGACGUGAAGAACCAGGGUGCUUGUGGGUCGUGCUGGGCGUUCAGCGCCGUGGGAGCCCUCGAGGCCCAGGUGAAGCUGAAGACGGGGAAGUUGGUGUCCCUGAGCACCCAGAACCUCGUCGACUGCUCCAUGAUGUACGGGAACAAAGGCUGCAGUGGAGGGUUCAUGACCAGUGCUUUCCAGUACAUCAUCGACAACGAAGGGAUCGACUCGGAUGAUUCCUACCCCUACACGGCUCAGAAUGGGACGUGUCAGUACAACGCUUCCACGCGAGCCGCCACUUGCUCCAAGUACGUUGAGCUCCCGUAUGCCAACGAAGAAGCCAUGAAAGAUGCUGUAGCCAACAUCGGACCGGUCUCUGUUGCCAUUGAUGCCACCCAGCCCACCUUCUUCUUGUACAGGUCAGGUGUGUACGAUGACCCCCGGUGCACCCAGGAGGUGAAUCACGCAGUGCUCGUGGUUGGCUAUGGCACCCUAAAUGAUAAGGAUUAUUGGCUCGUGAAAAAAAGCUGGGGCGUGAGUUUUGGCGACAAGGGCUAUAUCCUCAUGUCGAGAAACAACGCAAACCACUGUGGGAUCGCCAGUUACGCCUCUUACCCGCUAAUAUAGACGGACCCUGCGCUUGAGAGAGGAGCCCCGAGGCUUCAGGCAACCACUGGCGCUACGCUCGCACGCACCGACUGACUUCAAGAAUCCUUUUCUGGCUCUAUGGGCAACGUCCUUCUGUUAGAUCCACCUGUGCUGCAGGCUGGGAGGGAGUCCCUUGUGUGGGAGGAUUUUGGAGUGUGAUUUAGAGGCACCUAGUGACUUCUGUUGGAGGGAAAAUUUGGGUUUUUUCAGAGUAAAAUUGCAGUACCUGCAGCUAUAACGGAGAUCGCCUACAGUUAUAACAGAGAUCGUGUUUUCCUCUUUCCAGUUUAACGUUAACCGCUCCUGCGAUGACACGGGUAUGAUUUUAUCUCUGUGCAACGUUGAUGAAAUUGGAGGUAUUCUUUGAAAAAAAUAAACGAUCAGUUUCGCUGUCCAAAAA